AUCCUGGCUUCAGCCCCGCCCCCUGCCGCGUCCCCGCCUCUCGCGGUGGGCGCCGUGCGCGCGGGCAGGAGGAUGCAGUAACUGGCUGCGGGUCACUAUGGGCAGCAAGAUGGCGGCUGCCAGCAGGGUCGUUCAGGUAGUCAAGCCACAUACACCCUUAAUCAAGUUCCCGGACAGAAAAAAUAGCCCCAAACCUAAAAUGCAGGAAUCUCUACAAGCAAGGGUACCACCACUCCAUGCUUCAGCAGCACAUAUGUCUGUAGGAGACAGACCACAAGCCCUUCAAAACAUUUCAUCCAUUAAUAGAGUACAAGGCGCACCAGACACAACAGAAUUAGUAAAAACAUUACCUCAAAAGUACAGGAGAAAGCUGAUAUCAGAUGAGGAGAUGGAAUACAUUCAACGUGGAGGUCCAGAAUAAUUACAGAAGAUACUUGUUCACUACUGUUGAAUGAAUUAUUGUACUCACAUUAAAGGCCUUCCUCACUCUAUGAAUGUUAUAAACAGUUUAAUAGCUUUAAUAAAGACCCUGUAUAAAGGGGUGAGAAAGAUGAGACUUUA